AUGGCGGUCUCUCCAGCCAUGUCUGUUGAGGAAUACGAGGAGCAGAUACAGCUGGCCAUAGCGGAAGUCAACACACAACAUGAUAAAACUGUGAAAAGUCUAUAUGAUCUGGCUGAUGAACUGGACAAAGCACAGAGGAAAAUGAACAUAGCUAAAACUAGUUUUGCAUCUGGAAGCAUUGUUGCAGCAGCACUUACCUUAGCAGGGAUUGCUUGUGCCCCAGCUACCUUUGGUGCUUCUCUGGGGUUGACCAUUGUGGGUGUGACAAUGGGAAUGACCAGCGGUGUAGGGGGAUUGUGCACAGAGGUUGCAGAUAAAAUAGUCAAUGACAAGGCUUUGGAAAAAGCCCAGAAGGAAGUCAAAGUGUUUCAUAAAAGGGAGCAGGAUAUGCUGUAUCUGAUGGACAAGAUGGAAGCAAGACAUACAAGCCAGUUCAAAACAUUUUUCGAUGAUACCGUGAAGAGACAACUGAAACGAAAACUUUUUGAACCAAUACAGAUCAUUCUUACAAAAUCGACUACGAUCUUUACACGUGUUGGGGCUUUAAUUACAGGCAAGGUCGUCACAGAGUUUGUGGAAACUGGCCUUCAAGGAGUAAAAGUUACAGGUGUGUUGAUGAAUUUGUUGACUGUGCCUCUAGAUAUUCAUACAAUAGUCACUAAUAGCAUCAAAAUUCACAAUAAAUCUCCGUCUGAAACUGCAGAAGAAAUUCGGAGGAUAGCGGAUGAAUUAAAAGGGAAAGAGGAGCCGUCUGACGAAGUGCUGAAGCUAAGGAAGAGAAUUGAAGACAUGACGAGAGAGCAAGAGAAACAUUCCCAGACCUGGGAGGAGUCGAAAGAAAAGAUUUCAGAAGACAUCAGUGUUGAAUUGGAAGUUAUUUCCAUGGGUUAUGAAAAGUUGCACUACAUGCACACCGUACCUUCCCGUGUUCUCUAG